AUGAUGUACUACGCUGGCUAACGAGUUAGCUUGGCUUGUCAAAGCCGUAGUCAGGAAUCACGUACAGGACUGAAUCUCCUAACUUACUGAACAGGCAACCCGUCAUAGAGGCGUGAACCUCCUGGAAGGGCAUUGUAGAAAGCCACUUCUUUCCUACUCGCUCUCCUCCAGUUAUCAAGUCAUUAAAACCUCGGCACAAUAAGUCAGUGGGCUUUGGGCAUCCCAUAAGGCCCACCAGGGAAAGCCGGUCCUCCAUCAGCGCAGAGGAAUCGACACACUCAAGCUGUGGACUGGCAUGGGCGAGAUGGAUAGGCAGUAAUUGGGACAUCCACUUCAGAGGUAAGGUACACGUUGAUUUCGUAAUGACAAGCUGCUGUGCAGAAGAUGUCCACGCUGUCUGUGACUGAUAUCCCAGAUGUUGGUCAUGAUGAGAGUAAGGUGUUUGACGGGGCCUCUGAGCUGCAGCUGGACUGCUUGGCUGAGGAGAGCGGUGGAAACGCCACAAUGAAGCCCGACGGCCUGCUGUCACUGACCGACCUCUCCCAGCCAGAUGACUUCCCAGUCGCCUCCCACAAUGGCCCGUCGCUCGCCGACAUGAGCAGCACUCUGCCGGUGGAGCCAAGUGACAUCAAGCUGGAUCCUUGUGCAGGUGACGCGUCUGGUGGCGUCGAUGGGCAGCCGGUGAAGAGAAAAAAGGGUCCUGCUCCGAAGAUGCUGGGCAACGAGGUGUGCAGCGUCUGCGGUGACAAGGCUUCCGGUUUCCACUACAAUGUUUUGAGCUGCGAGGGCUGCAAGGGAUUUUUCCGCCGCAGUGUCAUCAAAAGCGCCCAGUACUCCUGCAAGAACAACGGCCGCUGCGAAAUGGACAUGUACAUGCGCCGCAAGUGCCAGCAGUGCCGGCUGCGCAAGUGUCGGGAGGCGGGCAUGCUGGAGCAGUGCGUGCUUUCUGAGGAACAAAUCCGGUUAAAAAAGCUGAAAAAGCAGCAGGAGGAGGAAACGGCACGCACGUCCACAGUGGUCACACCGACCCCUCUGCAGGAAGUAGCCACGCUCGACCCACAGCAGCAGGAGAUGAUCGAGAAGCUGGUGGCCAUGCAGAAACAAUGCAACAAGAGGUCUUUCCUUGACCGACCAAAAGUUACGCCUUGGCCCCAGAGUCAAGACUUACAAAACCGAGAGGUGCGACAGCAGCGGUUCGCCCACUUUACAGAGCUCGCAAUAAUGUCCGUUCAGGAGAUUGUGGAUUUCGCAAAGCAGCUUCCUGGUUUCCUGGAGCUGACAAGAGAAGACCAGAUCGCUCUACUAAAAACCUCCACCAUUGAGAUUAUGCUGUUAGAGACGUCCCGGCGAUACAAUCCAGCCAUUGAAAGCAUUACUUUUCUGAAGGAUUUCAGCUAUAAUAAGGAUGAUUUUGCCAAAGCAGGGCUUCAGUUUGAGUUCAUUAACCCCAUAUUCGAGUUUUCAAAAGGAAUGAACGACCUGCACCUCGAUGAGGCCGAAUACGCUCUGCUCAUUGCUAUCAACAUCUUUUCUGCAGAUCGGCCAAAUGUGCAGGAUCACGAUCUUGUUGAGAGGCUGCAGCAGCCCUAUGUGGACGCUCUGCGCUCUUACAUCAUGAUAAAGAGACCAAAUGAUCACCUGAUGUUCCCCCGUAUGUUGAUGAAACUGGUGAGCCUUCGCACAUUGAGCAGUGUCCACUCGGAGCAGGUUUUUGCUCUCCGUCUCCAGGACAAAAAGCUUCCCCCGCUGCUGUCUGAAAUCUGGGAUGUCAAUGAGUGACUGCGGUCCAGGUGUCUCACUCCAUGGCUUAUGGACCCUGAGAGGGACAUGACUUCUGUGAAAAGACCGCCAACUCCUCUCUUCUCUUGUGGUCAGGGACUGGAUAUUGCCUUGAGAUUUUUGUUUUACCCUGAAGGGAGUAGAGUGCUCUAACCCUUUGGUCCCUAAAAGACUGUUAAGCAGCAUUGUGUGCAGUGGAGGAAACAUGCACACAAACAUUUCUUUUUUUCUUUUUCUUUGUUGUAGAUGCUCACAUGAUUGUGGUUAAGUUUAGGCUUUAAGGGUUUUGAGACACUUUUCUUUGAUUCAGUCUUUGCUGAAAGUUAAAGUCGGUCAUUUGCGUGGUUCCGUACCUUUCUUCUACUAAUUAAAUCAGGAAGCACUGAGCAGGUCUUGGCUGUUACUGUCUUAAAAAUUGCAAUGUCUCAUUAAGAGGAAAAGAUGAUUUCUGCAGCUGUGCAGAGGCAGAGAUGCUUUUCUGCCUGUAUUUUUGUCCUGAUUCAUGUAUGACAACAACCAGUUUGCAUUUCCUUCAGAGUAAAUUCAGAGGUCUUUUGGUUG